AUGGAUAUUGACCGGGACUUCAAGCCAUUCGACGGGGACGAUACCACAACAUCCGAGCUUGGCCAACUGCAUUCAGACGCCACUUCAGACGCUCGCCCGCGAAGAAAGAGGGCUCGGACUCUCCGCGAGAGUGAUUGGGAACCAUACAAAGACAGGAUCAAACAGCUGCAUGUUACCGAAAAGCGACCGCUUCCAGAAGUCAAGAUGCUCAUGGAGCAAGAAUUUAGUUUCACCGCUGAAAUCCGCCAGUACAGGUCUCGUCUGAGUCAAUGGAAGCUGGACAAAAACAUCAAACCAGAAGAGAUGAAGGCUAUCAUCAGACAUCGCCAACGGCGCGGCCUUGUCGAGACGGACAAGCCCGAUUUGAAAUUCCGGGUGAGAGGUCAAGAAGUCGAACCGCAAAAGAUUGAGAGAUGGAUGAAAAGACACGAUAUUUCGGAGAAUAUGGUGUACGCUCCCAGUCCUGCUUUGCCCACUCCUUCAGCCGUCAGCUACGCAACAAUGUCGGAAGUCGGGUCACCAGGCAUGCAUUCGAUUCGUUCUCCUGAUAGCGUUCAACACGUCAGCAUGAACCUUCAGAGCUCUGAAGCUACACCUCGACAGGAAGUCGACAGUCCGUGCGCUACUAAACGACAGACUAGUACCGAACCGCUAGCCGGGACGUAUAAGGUCGACGGGGAACUCGUUCAAACACUAGGGCAAUAUAGCCUCAUCCUGUUUGACUAUCACCGUGAUGCUUUGGAUAUUCUUACUGACCGCGUAUUCCGAUUUACGUAA